GAGAGUUUACAAACUUUCCGUCGGGACAGAAACUCAGUGAGGGCACGCGCACGGGAAAAAUCUCCGAAAACUUUCUUCUACGGGCCAGUAUGACAUCGACUUUUUCUCGUUUAUGACAACUUUUUAAAGACUUUUAAAAACUUUUCUGUGAACCGAAACAACUUUUACCAAAGUAAGAAACCACGGGCCCGACGUGAGAAGUUUUUCCAGCAGUUUUCAGGACUUUGCUCGACGGUUGUCGUUAUAUUUGUGGAAAUGAGCGGUAACCCUGUGCAGCCGUUACCGGGCCAGCAGGUGAUUCAUGUGGCUAAAGACCCAGACACGGACCUCGAGGCGCUGUUUAACUCCGUCAUGAACCCGCAGCCGAGCUCGUGGAGAAACAAACAUCUGCCCGAAUCGUUCUUCAGAGAGCCCGACUCCGGCGCGCACUCGCGCCAGUCUAGCACGGACUCGAGCGGGCACCCGCCGCGGCUCCACGCACAGCAUGUCCGCUCGCACUCGUCGCCCGCGUCGCUGCAGCUGUCCUCGGGCGCGUUGAGCACCCCGACGCCCGCGCGUCAUCACGGGCACAUCCGUCACCAGUCGUUUGAUGUGUUGGAGGAUCAGCCGUUACCGGCCGGCUGGGAGAUGGCGUACACGGCCACGGGACAAAAAUAUUUCCUCAAUCAUGUUGAGAAGAUCACCACAUGGCACGACCCUCGAAAGAGCAGAACACCUUCUGUCAAUCAGAUGAGUUUACACAAUCAAACCUCCAAUAACAGCAACGUUCAGCAACGCUCAAUGGCCCUGUCUCAGCCUAACUUGGUGAUGAAUCAGCAGGCCCAUCAGCAGAACCUGCAGCAACAGCCACAGAGCUCUCAGUCUGCCAUGAUGAACAUGAGUGGAGCCAUCAGCGCCCAACAGCACCAGCAGAAGAUCAGACUGCAACGUAUUCAGAUGGAGCGCGAGCGCAUUCAGAGGAGACAAGAAGAGCUCAUGCGACAGGAGGCGGCGCUCCGGCAGCUGCCCAUGGAUUCUGACAUGGCACCCGUGACGGCAUCUAUCGGCUCUCCAGCUAUGACACAGGGAAAUAUACCUAACAACAGCUCAGAUCCUUUCCUCAACAGUGGGCCGUAUCACUCUCGAGAGCAGAGCACAGACAGCGGCCUCGGCCUGGGAUGUUACAGCAUCCCUACUACACCCGAGGAUUUUCUUAACAUAGAUGAGAUGGACACAGGUGAAAGCAUGGUGUCUGUCGGUAUGAACGUCCCUCAGCAGAACCGUUUUCCAGAUUUUCUGGACUCUAUGCCCGGCACCAACGUGGACCUGGGCACCCUGGAGGGUGCUGACCUCAUGCCCAUCCUGAAUGAUGUGGAGUCUGUCCUGAACAAAAGUGAACCGUUUCUUACCUGGCUCUAGAUUCACACCAAAGACUAAAGACUUUUAACACAUUUUUUUUUAUAUCUAUAUAUACAAUCAGCUUCUUCCAUGAGACACAGAACAAAACUUACCAAAGUGUUUAGCCUGAGAACAAAUCAUUGAGCAUACAUCAAUUAAAGCUGUAGCAGAUGAAGAUAUUUCAUUUUGUAACUGAUGUAGGAUAGAUUGAAAAUUAUUACUUUUGACAAUGCUAAAGUAGUGAGCUACCGAACAAUCUCUAUAUCAUGUUGAUCAGAGACUAUUGAAUGCUUGCCUUUCACUAAAUGUUACCCAAAAAAAAGGUAAAAAAAUUUGAAUUAUUUUUAUUAGAAUAUAAGAAGAUGAAGCAUUAAUAUUUUGCAUUAUGAUAUUAUUUAAAUCAACAAGUAAACUCAAAAUUAAACAAUGGCUAACACUUUACUUCAGGGGUGUUCAUAAGACCUUCAUAAUCGUGUCAUAAACAUGAAGGUGUUUUUUAUGCACGUUUAUGACAACUGUGUCAUUUGUUCAAUGAUGUCAUUUUCAAUUAUGUCAGAUUUAUGAUAUAUCUUGUCAUAAAUCUGUCAUAAACAUGACAUAGCAGAAUAAUUAUCAAACUUGAGAAGCGACUUAGCUUUUUGGGUUAACAUUACAUUAAACUGUCAUUUAAAUAUCAAUACUAUGUCAAAACAUUACCAUGACAACAUAGCUGACCACUUUUUAAUUGAAUUUGUCAUUAAAUUGUCAAUAAGUGUUAAAACUCUGUCAAAUAAUUUUAAAUAGCUUAACAAUGCAACAGACACGUCAAAAAAUUAUACUUAACUUUAUUUAUAUGCACAAUACAUAAAAAACUGACAACUAUCAGAACUUGUUCUUUCUCACACAGAGGGGUUUGAAUUUUUCUGACAUAGAAGAAAAACGAACAAAACAUUUAAUCAAUAUCAUUUAAUGUAACUGUUUUGCACUGUUUUUCAGCUAUAUGGACCCAACACUGCAUGGCUUAACCCAUUGUUGUACUGUUUAUAUUUCAUUUUAGGUGAAUCGGUCUCUAAAUACAAUAAAAUAUAAUUUUAUCAAUUUUAAUUAUUAUUAUUAUUUUAUUAUUGAAUGAUUGAUUUUAUUUAUCUAACACCUGGAGGAAACAUUAUCAAGUAUAUUAAUGACGCUGUUAUUAAACUAUUUGACAGAGUAUUUACACUUAAUGACAUUUUAAUGAUAAAUUAUAUUUGUUGUACCACUGUAGUUGAGGUCAAGAAUAAUAUUCAUGAUGCUUUUAUAAAACUACAUGACAGAGUAUUUACACUUAAUGACAUUUUAAUGACAAAUUAUAUUUGUACCACUGUAGUUGAGGUCAAGAAUAAUAUUCAUGAUGCUUUUAUAAAACUACAUGACAGAGUAUUAACACUUAAUGACAUUUUAAUGACAAAUUAUAUUUGUACCACUGUAGUUGAGGUCAAGAAAAAUAUUCAUGACGCUGUUAUAAAACUACAUGACAGAGUAUUAACACUUAAUGACAUUUUAAUGAUAAAUUAUAUUUGUUGUACCACUGUAGUUGAGGUCAAGAAUAAUAUUCAUGAUGCUUUUAUAAAACUACAUGACAGAGUAUUUACACUUAAUGACAUUUUAAUGACAAAUUAUAUUUGUACCACUGUAGUUGAGGUCAAGAAUAAUAUUCAUGAUGCUUUUAUAAAACUACAUGACAGAGUAUUAACACUUCAUGACAUUUUAAUGACAAAUUCAAUUUGUAUCACUUGUCUUGGUAAUGUCAAGUGGUCAUCUUUGCAUUAAAAUGACGUAAUUGAACAAAUGACACUUAAUAACAGUUGUCAUAAAUGUGCAUAAAAUCUCCUUCAUGUUUAUGACACGUGUCAUGUCAGUCUUAUGAACACCCCUUUAAGUAAAGCAUUACCAAAUAAUGUUUUAAAUCUUUAAAUGUUAGUUAUUUUUUUUUACAUUACUGUAUUCUAAUAUUAUAAUUUGGGCUUAACCGUCAUGAAAAUGCCAAAAAUCUUAGUGGUCAAACGAAAUCAUUCAUUUUUUUAUUUUUGAUAAAGGUUUUUGUGGCUCAUUUAUAGGUAAUCUGAUAAACAUUAAACCAAAUGAAUAGCAGCUGUGUAAAUAUAAAUCACUUUAUAUCCAGCACUGAAAUAUUUCAGUUUUUUUUAUUCACGUUUAUUCCAGUAUAGUUAUUGUUUCACAUAAACGUUUUAUAUCGUGUAUGUUUUUUUUAUGUACUACUACAGUAUUCUUGUUUGUAUACUGUAAAAGAAACCAUUGAUGUUUGCUCUUGACAUCUGGUGCAUUUAUUUAGUUUGCAGUGUAGUAUUUAUCAAGAGCUAUGAACUUUUAUAGUUUAUAGAUUUUUAAAAAUGUUAAAUAAUGAAAGCACUACAGUACAGUGAGGAUUCAGCGAAUCUGAAGAUUGAAUUUAAACUCUGCUCACGUACCCGAUCUGAUAUGAAUGAAAGCAGUGUUAUGUUCAUCUGACCGGUGAAGAAUAUCCCAUAAUAUCUUUAGGGAUUAAAUAGAUAAAUAUACAGCAGAUCAUUUGUUUUCAGUGAGAUUGUGAAAGAUUCUAACUGGAUUAUUUUGGGGCCAACACAUAGUUGUUGUUUUUUCUUUCUUUUAUAAGCCCAGCUGAAAUCCAGUUCUUUAUAUAUAUAUAUAUACACACAUAUAAAUGUUUUUAUUUCUACACAGGUCUAAUUUUUUUGUAUUGCAUGUUUGAUCUGUUGUGUGUAUAAACACCCCAUGCCAUGAUUUUAUGUGUAUGGUUACUUUAUCAAUGGGGUAUAAGUAGAAAAAUGUGUUGGAUUUGAGGAUUGCAGAGAGAGUUGAGAAUGUUAAAAUGAGACUUUAGGUCAAAUUGAGCUUAUGACGUCUUUCGUGAGGACUGACCGGUUGAGUACCGGGUCGAUACAAGCUGUACUCGAACCCGUUUGACCUUCAGAGACAUUGUGAUUUAGGAAGAGUCCACACGAUGGAGCUGUUGGUUUCUUUAUAAAGCUGAGAUCUUCUGCAGUUACAUUUUAAUGAUUUUCUUUUCUAUUAUUAAAAACUAAUAUUACAGAAAUUGUAUCAUACAAAAUGAACUAAUGCUAAAAGAAAGACUUUAGACUAUCAGAGUUAUGUAGCACACUACACAUGGAGGCUUAUAAGAUUACAGACUCUGUGAACUUCAUGCUGGAAAGAUCAGAAAACAUAACGGAGAAAUAUUCAGGUGGUGUAAUGUACGUGAAAUGUAUUUGAGUUGUAACCUCUUUGAAACUGUCGGUAAAAUCAAAAAAGAAAUGAAUAAAUGGUUUUAUUAGCAUGAAU